UGACAGAUGUAAGGUAAUGACAGUUCUUGCAUCGCUGCCAGCAAAUUUCAUACUGCACGUGUAUACAUGAGCAUAUUUAUUUGCGGUGAUACAAUUGAAAAUCUGAAAAAAUGGGAAAAAAAUCCAAAGGAGGCAACUUGGGAAGAGCAUUAAUUCGCGAUCGAUUUGGUCAAGGCCAUCGUCGUACGGUUGACAACAAUUCUAUGUUACAUACAACUGAGAUCCAGGAUGGAUACGAUUGGGGUCGUUUGAAUCUGCAGUCCGUUACAGAGGAAUCAUCAUUCCAGGAAUUUUUACGUACCGCUGAACUGGCCGGAACGGAAUUUCAGGCAGAAAAAUUAAAUAUUCAAUUUGUAAAUCCAAAAAGCAACGUCGGAAUAUUAUCGAAAACAGAACGUGAGGCAGCUGAAAAGAAACAUACUGAUAAAAAAGGUUUAUUGAAAAUUCCACGCCGACCAACAUGGACGCCCGAAACGACGGCCGACGAUUUACACACACAAGAGAAUUUAAGCUUUUUAGAGUGGCGUCGUGGUUUGGCUAUGCUGCAAGAGGAAGAAGGCAUUUUAAUGACGCCGUACGAGAAAAAUUUAGAAUUCUGGCGCCAAUUGUGGCGAGUGGUUGAACGAAGUGAUGUCAUCGUUCAGAUUGUUGAUGCUCGAAAUCCGUUGCUGUUCCGUAGCGAAGAUCUCGAAAAGUACGUGAAAGAAGUUAGUCAAGAUAAAAUGAACAUGAUUCUUAUAAACAAAGCUGACUUUUUGACGGAUGAACAACGUGUCACAUGGGCCAAUUACUUUGACAAUGAAAAUAUGAAGGUAGCAUUCUAUUCAGCAACACUUGUUACUGAAGAAAAUAAUAAAUCACUGGAAGACAUAACGGAAGAAACUGACAACAAAUCCGAAGACAACAGUGAAGAAGAGGACGAGGGAAGUGAUGGAAAAGAAGCUAGUUCAGAUGAAAAACAAAUUUCCGUUGAUAGCAUAAAGAAAGCCACCGAUGAAAUUGCAAAAUCAGUGCAUAGAGCCGAAGAACAAUUGGAGAUAAUUGAGAAAAAAUUGGGCGUCCAUCAUUUAAAUGAUCCGAAAAUAUUGUCACGCAGUGAAUUAAUUGAAUUAUUCAGAAAUGUUCACAAGGGACCAAAAGUUACGGAUGAUAUUUCAACUAUUGGGUUAGUCGGCUAUCCAAACGUAGGAAAAAGUAGUACGAUUAAUUCGCUGAUGAUUGAGAAGAAAGUGUCGGUUUCGGCAACGCCAGGCAAAACAAAACACUUCCAAACACUAUAUCUGGAUACUGAUAUUUUAUUAUGCGAUUGUCCUGGUUUGGUGAUGCCAAGCUUUGUUCUGACAAAAGCCGAAAUGAUUUUGAAUGGAAUCUUGCCGAUCGACCAAAUGCGAGAUCAUGUUCCAGCUGUAAACAUUCUUUGCUCGCAGAUUCCACGCCAUACACUUGAAGAUAAAUACGGAAUCAUAAUAGCAAAACCGCAGGAAGGAGAAGACUCAAACAGACCACCAUAUUCGGAAGAAUUACUACUCGCUUAUGGAUAUAACCGUGGUUUUAUGACAGCAAGAGGACAACCUGAUCAGUCGCGAUCGGCUCGUUACGUACUCAAAGACUAUGUGAAUGGUAGAUUGUUGUACUGUCAUGCUCCUCCUGGGUACAAACAAAAGGAUUUCCAUAAGUAUGCACCACGAAUUCGUUUGGAGAAAUCUGAAGACCAAUUAACGAGCCAACAACAACGAGCAAUGCGCAUUGAUCGUUCAAAAACAACGAAAGAUAUCGACAAAAAUUUCUUUGAACCUGCUGCCCGCAUCGCAUACAUAAAAGGCAAGACGAAUUUGGCUCACAUUCGUGGAUUAGCAAAGGAAAAUGAAACCGCAUCAACUGGCAGUACUUCGGUUGGUGGAUCAAUGCAAAGUUUGAACAGUGUUCACUUGGUAGAGAAGCCAUGGCGGCACCAGAAAAAAGAGAAGCGAGAAAAACUGCGGAAAAAAUUCGCCCAUUUGGAUCAGCAUUAAAUAAAUGUUUAAUUUGAAAUUAUUAUAAGAAUUUUUAUGUUAUUAUUUUCAAUAAAAUGGUUCCAUUGAAAUUCAUUGAAUAAAA